UUGUCCGCUCGCGGCCGCCGUUUCACCCCCCCCCUCGCUGCCCGUCCGCCAUAUUGUGGCCGCCGCCGCCUGCGAGCCGGAGCGUCGGAGCCGCCGGAGACAGCGAUGGAAACCAUGGCGAGUCCUGCGAAGGAUAAUUAUCGAAUGAAGAGUUACAAAAACAAAGCUCUAAAUCCUGAAGAAAUGCGCCGGAGAAGAGAAGAGGAGGGAAUUCAGCUACGCAAACAGAAACGAGAACAGCAGCUCUUUAAAAGAAGAAAUGUGGAACUCAUUAAUGAAGAUGCUGCCAUGCUUGAUAGUCUCCUCAUGGAUUCUUAUGUCACUUCUACCACAUCAGGGGAGGGAGUGAUCACAAGAGAAAUGGUGGAAAUGCUCUUCUCAGAUGAUUCUGACCUACAGUUAGCAACUACUCAGAAAUUCAGGAAAUUGCUCUCAAAAGAGCCGAAUCCUCCAAUAGAUGAAGUGAUAAACACUUUGGGAGUGGUGGACAGAUUUGUUGAAUUCCUAAAGAGAAGUGAAAAUUGCACACUACAGUUUGAAGCAGCAUGGGCGUUGACAAAUAUCGCAUCAGGAACCUCUCAACAAACAAAAAUAGUCAUUGAAGCUGGGGCAGUUCCUAUCUUUAUAGAGCUGUUAAACUCUGAUUUUGAAGAUGUCCAAGAACAGGCUGUCUGGGCAUUGGGGAACAUUGCUGGAGACAGCUCUGUGUGUAGAGAUUAUGUCCUUAACUGCGCUAUUCUUCCUCCCUUGUUAAUGCUUCUCACAAAGUCCACCAGGUUGACAAUGACUCGAAAUGCUGUCUGGGCCUUGUCAAACUUGUGCAGAGGGAAGAACCCACCACCUGAAUUCGACAAGGUGUCUCCCUGCUUGCCGGUGUUGUCCAGAUUAUUAUUCAGCAGCGACUCUGACUUGCUGGCAGAUGCAUGCUGGGCGCUCUCCUACUUAUCAGAUGGCCCCAAUGAGAAGAUCCAAGCAGUAAUAGACUCUGGAGUGUGCCGACGACUGGUGGAACUGUUAAUGCACAACGACUAUAAAGUGGCUUCUCCAGCCUUGCGAGCUGUAGGCAACAUUGUGACGGGUGAUGACAUCCAGACCCAGGUGAUCCUGAACUGCUCAGCUCUGCCCUGCCUCCUUCAUUUAUUAAGCAGCCCCAAGGAGUCAAUCCGGAAAGAAGCUUGCUGGACCAUUUCUAACAUCACAGCUGGAAACAGGGCGCAAAUACAGGCAGUCAUAGAUGCUAACAUAUUCCCAGUGCUGAUAGAAAUCUUACAGAAAGCAGAGUUCCGUACGAGGAAAGAGGCAGCAUGGGCUAUUACGAACGCAACAUCGGGAGGAACACCAGAACAGAUCAGGUACCUAGUAAACUUGGGGUGCAUCAAACCUCUCUGUGACCUGCUGACUGUCAUGGACUCCAAGAUUGUUCAAGUGGCCUUGAAUGGUCUGGAAAAUAUCCUGCGGCUUGGUGAGCAGGAAGCCAAGCAAAGUGGCACAGGCAUCAACCCCUACUGCAGCCUCAUUGAGGAGGCAUAUGGCUUGGAUAAGAUUGAAUUUCUGCAGAGCCAUGAGAACCAGGAGAUCUACCAGAAGGCCUUUGACCUGAUCGAGCACUACUUUGGAGUAGAGGACGACGAUGCCGCCCUGGCUCCCCAGGUAGACGAGAACCAGCAGCAAUUCAUCUUCCAGCAACCUGAGGCCCCCAUGGAAGGCUUCCAGCUAUAAUGUGACCAGAGAGGAAAAGAACACCACAAACUUGCCAGAAAGCAACUGGGAGAAGCCAGAUAGUCUCAUCCCCCCUCCUUACAAACAGAAGGAGCCAAACACCCAUUCCACCUGUUAGGAAUCAAGUCCUCCUCCUUCAGAAAAAGCUAGAAGCAAUGCUUUGUUUUCAUGGAGAGAAGGAGAUUUUUCUUACACAUUUUCUUUCUUUUUUUAUUUUUGCUGCUGCAUACAUGUCUUUAAGCAGGCACUGGGAUGGAGGAAGGACACUGAGGUAACUGAUGGCACCUCUCAUUUUUCUUUGUGGUAAUCUCCCAAACAUCACUUUUUUUUUUUUUACCUCUGGUACUUAAAUGAAAUUUCAGCAGGGAUGGGGUGGGGGCGUAGGUAAAAAGUGAAAUCGGAAGUAAGCAUUUUCUUCUGACAACAUUAACCCUGGACGCUUGGGAUGAUCUAUUUAAAUUUUUUUUGCACAUAUUACUCUUUAUUAAAGACUCUCUAAUCUGCCAAGAGCAAAGUUUAGUCCCUGGCCUUUUCAUGACCCUCCUUCAGCGGACAGCACCGUUGGACUUGGGCCCUGUUUUUCAUGAAACAUACUGUAAAUGAACAAAGGAAAAAUGGGAGGUUUCUCCCCGUUGCUGGGAAGACUUUUCUCGGGGAAGGAUUUUUCCCUUUUGUUGUCUAAAAAUAUUAUUUUUUUUUCUUUUUUUUAAGAACUGUUAGUGAUAUUUAAAGAAAAAGCAACAAAACCCCAAAGAUGGUCUUUGUAAAGAGGUGGGGGAGCUGUCUGGGUGGUCUCUUUUUUUCUUUUUUUUUUUCCUUUUGAAAGAGGAAGCACAGCUGCCAUUGCACAGGCUUCACUUGCGUUGCUACUGAUUGAAGUCGCAGAACUGAAAUGGUGAAAACCCGUCUUCAUCCUUACUUGAAAUUUGUUUUUUGGGGUUUUUUUUUUUCAUGAGAACAUGUUAAAAAGGUUUUUUUUGGCUUUUCUUUUGGAUGGAUGGGGUGGGGCGGGACUUUUUGUGGGGUGGGGAGAAAGAGCUACACUUGACAGCAUUGUGUGCAGUGUUAACUUCAGUAACAUAAGACCUGAGUUUUCAGGAUUACCUCCUGCUCACAGUUGGAUCAUGUACAUUUUACUUCAAAAAGAAGAGUCAAAUCUCUGUAUUUUUUAUAUAUUAUAUAUAGGUAGAUAUUUGUCUAAUUGGGCUUCAGAGAAAAAUAUAUAUGAAAUUUCUGUAAUUUAUGUAAAUAGGAUACUGUGAGGCAGGCAUACCUGGAAAUGAUGGUCUGUAAACUCACUCACUGGUUGUCCUGCUUCUUUUCCUCUGUUCACUCAUGUACUGUAUAAGCAAACAUAGAGUUGUCUUAAAUUCCUCAACCAGACUGAGUUUACUUAACCAAGAUUUGGUAUCACAUGUCAUGUAGGCUGUGGAGAAUACAAACACUUCUGAGACUUGAGGGAUGGGCGUGGGGAGAAACAUGGUCCCCUGAAGUGUCUUAAUACAGACUUGUAGUGCAGACCCUCCCUAUUGCUGUCUUAAGCAAAUGCAAGCUUCGAAGCCUUUGAGAAUGGAAAUUCAAGUGGGUGAGAGACAAGCCUUGGUGCCAGUAAUACAAAAUCAAAAAAAAUCUAAUUUGACAAGUCCUUCAUUGUUUGAAAACAAAUAAACUACAUCUGUGCAUUUGACUGAGGCCUGGCUGUGGCUAGAGUGAUAUCUAAUGUGUAAAGGUUUUACCACUUGCUACAGGACAGGUUUGGAGACAGGGUAUUAGUAUCAAGUGUAGCGUGGUGGAGAAUCGUAGCCAUAGAGUACUGGUGCUGUGCUACUGCAGUCAGUCUCUCUAGAAAAUUAGUAAGGAGUGCAGGCUCUUGGGAAGCACACUGAUGUUAGAAGCUCUAUUUGGAAAAAAAAUGAGGCCAAAUCUUGUAUUUAAAAAUACGUAUGGCUAGGGCUCAUCAGGCUCCCUACGCUAGCCAUUUGGCUUGUUUACAUACCUCCCGUUGCCAAUGCGAGUCUCCUCCCGUUGAGCAAAGUGGAGAGAAAUCCAGGUAACCAACCUUUUAAAGGCUGGUUUUUGCCAUCACUGAGAAGACUCGUUAAUUGAAGCUUUUAUGAAAAGAAGAUUCAUUGUGUAAUUCAGUGUUACUAGGUAUUGAGGUAGCUUUUUAUAGAAGGGAGCGCAUUAAUUACACUUUUUUUUUCUUUAAUGGAGGCACUUGACAUUGCAAUUGAUGGAAGAGAGAGAAGCAGGAGAGAGCUGAAUUUAUAUCCAAAUUCAAGUCUUAAGUAGAAAACUAGACCUCACACUUCAUCAGCAUGUUGGCAGAGUACUCCUGGAAUCUGAUACAGCAAUGUGGUGUUGGCAUCAUCCUAACUGCAAUUGUCAUCUUUCCUCUCAUUCAGGGAAAUGGGGUUUUGCCUGCCUAAAUGAAACUAAAGCACCUGGAUGCUUUUUGACAGGAGGGAGAAGUUUUUGUUCUCAUGUACAAGGUAGUCUUGGAGAGAGCCCACCCCCAUCUCCAGCUGGCUGUGGCAAAAGGGCAUGUUAUUCGGGCUGCUUUUAAACCUUGCAGGUAGCUUGGCCUGAUCUGAUCCCAUGCAGUCAAGUGGUGUAUCGGUAGACAUUGCCAGCUGUUGAAUGGGCUUCACUGUUCUGGUGAUGGUCUUCAGCAGAACAACACUCACGUUUCCAGUUCUGUUGGAGGUUGUCCGGGUGAAUUUUGCUAAAUGCUUCUUUCUCUCAUGUGGGAUUGAACAGUUCUCCGGCCAGUGGAACCUUUUUCAGCCGGAGACCAACAUGUUCAGUUGCAUUUCCCCCCUUCUAGUCUUUGGACUAGUCGAAUCCCGUCGGCCAAGGAAAUAGCACAACUGUCCUUGGUUUUGAAACAGUCUCUCUGACUUCCUUCUGUUCCGCAUCUCGGUUGCAUGCAUGCAUGUAUAUGCAGUCCCUCAUCAGGAUGCGAUAUCUGCCACCAGGCAGACUUCAGUGGGUGGCUGAGAGCUGACUAAUGCUGAACCCUGCUCAGUGAGCAGGUGUGCCUUGAAUCGGUUCUCCAGAGUCUCCUCAUCCGGCAAAUGAAAGCCAGUAAUUUAUCCUUUCCCCAGAUGGGUUCUGUGUGGAAACCUUACAGAGAAAAUUUGAAAAGCCACUGAGCACGGUGGUCCGUGGUCCAAUUCAUUUACCUGAUGACAGAGACAUCUUGAAACUGCUAUUACAUCUGUCUGCUCUUUGGCAUGGCAAAUUGACCACAGUGCUAUAUUAGAUUUGCGGUGAAAGGAGCAUAUCUUUCUAAGACGGGAAUCUGAUCCUUUUGUUUUCCUGUUAAGAUGCAGGUGAAGCCAAUGAAGUAACCUUUUGAGUUACCUACAGUAACUUUAUUUUCCUGAUGUAAUGCACUUUUGAGGACGGGCGUUAGUUGCAUUAGGCUGACCUCAGCCUUUUAAAAAUGGGGCUCUGCUGCAGUUCUAUUCACUGCAGUAUGAAGGUGCAUUUACAUCUUUAUUGCACAAUCAUCUUCUUUUUUUUUUUUUUUUUUUUUAAACGGGAGACUUGUUUCAGGGCAGAGAUCGAGGUGAUUCUACGGUACCUCACUUCAGAAAAACAAAGCUGUGGCAGCCACUGCAGAGGUAAGCACGGAUUUUUGUUUCAACUAGCUCUGUUGCCUUGCUGCUGGGAGUAGCUUGCUUCUUCCUUGACAGCAGGCAUCAUUCCUGUUCAAUGCAGUGCCUCGUUGGCUGAUAACUCUUUAAGCUUUCUCUUAGCAACAGAGAGCCCAGGCCUCCUGUUGCAGCAUUGUUUUUUCUGGAACUGAUUUGGCAGCUUGUAUGAAAUGAGCCGAUGGUUGGUUUAAAAAAAAAAAAAAAAAGGCACCAAGUAGCCCAUCUCCCACUCUUCUUGCCUUCUCCCUGCAAGGCAGGAUUAACCCUGAUGAAAAUUUGCUAGCGCCUGUCUUUUGCUGCUCCUUGACUAACUGGCAGGCUUGCUAUUGUGUUCCAGCACCACUGUCUUUUCCUUUCUGGCAUCCAGGCUUCCAUCUCUGGUGGCCAAUACAGAUGUUAUAAAUGAUGCAUCUGUUGCCACCUGGCAAUCUUUUCUUCUUCCAGCUAAACUUGGGAGAAGGGCAUCACCUUUUUUGCUCUCUUGUGAAUUGCAACUCUGGGUUUGGGGCUGGGGAACAGGCUUGGCUUUGAGAAAGCUGUUCCUUGCAGAGUGCAGGAGAACCUGACCUGCAUAGCAACCUUUGUUGGUUCUUGGCAUCACUUUAGGUGAGCCUUCCCCAGGCCCCAAGGUCCCUGUUUGGGGGUGUGCCAUUUGAUAGAGAUAUGUAUAUUUUUUUAACAUUCACUUUUUUCCUGUGUUCAAACUACUUCAGUUUCAUUUUCUUGGCUCACACAAGUGCCAUGUGGAUCUAGAAGAGGUGUUGAGGCUCAGCCAUACAUCUUAUGGAUCUGCUUUGAACAAUCACUUUUAUCAGUAUUUCACUGCCAUGCAAUGGUGGCACUAGACUAUGCUAACACAUUCAGUUGACCUCAAUGCUACUUGGGUGCUGUCAGCAACCUGAGCAUCUUAAAUCCUCUAUUUCUACUGGCUUUUUUUAUUUCAAAUGUAUAUCCUCUGGGGCUGCUAGCCUGUAGUUGCUUGCUGGCACUUUCCAGGCUGUCUUGCCCCUACAUAGACCAUGAUGCUCAAUUCUGUAACUCUUUCAGGUAAAUACAUAUGGUACCCAGUGGAUGCUUGAUAUCAAGUCUGGCUUCAUCAUUCAGCUAGCAGAGGGACUUUUGACCACUGGGGCUGGUGAGGUUGUCUUUUUUUUCCUCCUGUUACCUAGAGGAAAAAGCUCUGUAACCCAGAGAGAAGGCUGUACGGGCAUAGAAGAUACUGGGGGUUGCUUGAGGAUCCUUCCUCAAACUGAUGCAUUGUUUUUCCAACUAAGUGCUUUUGUUGUUGGCGCUCUAGUAUUUAAUACUUGACCAUGGCAGAAAACAGACAAUUGCACCUCCUUGAAGCGUUUGAUUAAAGCUUAAUCUGUACAAACGAUGCUGGGUCCCUUGCCUUGGUUUCCUGCCAUGAUCUCUUCUGCACGUGUCAUAACUUGAAGGACUCUUGAGUUUUAGUUCUCAAAUCCUGCCUCAGCCUCUCCUCUUCAACAGUUCCUCAGACAGCACAGCCUUUUUUCCCAGCAGUUGUUGGCUUUGCCUGACAUUCUGGCAGUCCAGUCUGCAUUCGUGAAUGUUCGGGCCUUCUUUACAAGGGGUGGCAAUGACCACUACAGCCACUGUGUUUUGAACUGAGUCCCAAAAUGUGAUGGGAUUAUAACACUAUAGCUGUCAAACUUUGAAAGAUAUAGUGAGGCAAAGGUCUAGGCAUAAGGACUAAUCUGAAUUUUGCCAUUUGUCCUAGAUUUAGACCAGUCUGGCUUUAAUUUGAUCCCAUAUUAACCUACGUUAGGGAAAGCCAUGCUAGUAUGGUGCACUUAUCAACAAAAUACUUCUCUUGAUUGGUCUUCAAAGGAAUUUGAGUUGGGAAAUUGGAAGACUCAGUGCUGCUUGGUAGGAACCAUUCUGCCCUUUGACUAAUGCAGCAAGUGAAGGUUUUUCCUCCCUGAAGUUUUGUCAGCUUGUCUUGGGAUGUACGUGCUGCAAUCUUUCUGUCUGUUUGCUAUUCUAGAAGCACAGCAGCCCGUGUGCAGUAAUGCAAAGCAGUCCUAGCACUGAGCUUGCACUCUUGAUGGCAGUCUCCUUCUGAAAAUGUAAUUGCAUCUGGCUGUCAUCUAAGUGAUGAGUGGGGUGGCUGGGGUUAGAGGCUGCUGAUUCAUACGAGAGCAGUCCCUUUGGACUGACUCAUGAAGAGCCAUUUAAGUGCACAACAUCCCAGACUACUUGCGUCUCCAACUGUGCAUGUUGGAAACCACUAGAAUUUAGCCUAGAGCUCUGAAUAGCUUUCAUCUUCUGGCCCUUUGUAAAGCUGAGUCAUAAUUAGUAUCAAAGACUAGGUUUGGGUCUAAGAUUUCUUUCUUUAGCACAUGGAGUGGGGUGUUUCAUUCCCUAGGUUUAGCACAGGGUUUCAGCUUGGAUCCAGGAGGGUUCACAUCACACCCCCCCUCUCCCCAAUCCAUUAAGAUUUGACCCUUGUUCUUGUCCCAUACAAUACAGAUCACUGUAUUCAGAAUAUGCAGUUGCUGUUGGCAAAAGAGCUGGUGCAGUAACUUCAAGAGACCCUUCCCUGUGAAGCGGGCUGAGCCCUUUGUUGAAGGACAACCUGUAAGCGAUAGUAGAACUUAGAUGUGCAGUAAUAUUUGGGUUCUUGCUUUCCUCAUUGUCUAUGCAAUUGGUGUGGGAAUAAAUGAAGGGUAACUCAUCAACAGCAUAGGGCCUUUCAUCAACAGUCUGUUUUCCAGACCAAUCUGGUGAAAUAUUUUUCUUUUUUCUUUUCUUUUCUUUUUUUUUUUUUUUUAAAUAAGAAUGGGACUUUUGCAAACAGUGCUGUGGCCGUUGGCAAACUGUGAAUUGGGAUUUUCUUUUGGGGGGGAGGGGGAGGGGUGGAAACCAGAUCAGACCAGUAGCUACUGUAACACUGGCUAGAAAAAGAUUCACUGAAGUGUGAAUGGCGCUUUGGAAACCUUUUGUCUCCUGGAUCCUUCACAGAAAAGAAGCUGGAGACUUGUCCUUUUUUUGUGUUUUUUUUUUUUUUUUUUUUUUUUUUUAAGAAGCAACCAGUUACAAACCCCAUGAAUGGUACUUAUGUACUUAUAUUCUGUUACGUAAGUGCAUGUCAGAGCAUUAAACCACACAUGGCCACACCCUGGAGUGGAGCUGGUGAGAGAUUCUUUUUUUAAGUUUAUUUUUCAUUUACUAACCAGCUCAUGUAUGGGUUGCAUUAUAGAGCUGCGAGCACGUGUGGCAAAAGCAAGGGCAGUGGUAAGUUGUGGUUGCGGUACAGCGUUCAGACACCUGAAUGCAGGACUUCCUGUAGCCACUGCAGUAUCUUAAGGCUUUUUUUUUUUUUCUUCUUCUCCGAGUAAGGAUUUUUUUUUAUUUAUUUAUUUUUUUUAAAUGAAGCCAAAUACUAUGGUUCUCUUCAGUGAGUCCCCCUUUAAAGCUACGGCAUAGCUGUACCAUGGUGGAUUGAGAGGAUGCCCACCCGACUCUAGAACAGACUAGCCGGCUUGAUAUGGAGUUGAAAGUGUGUUUCUCUUAGGUUUCCAACACUGUAACAGAUGCAACAUAAAUAAAGAACCUGUUCCACAAUCCCGGA